AUGGGCUCUCUGCCACCCAAUCUCUGCCUCCAAUUUUUGUUCGGUCUUGUUUUUGCUAAGAGGUCUCGCAGACAGGCAGAGCGACUUAUGCCGAUUUCAGGUGUUCUGGAAAUGAUGCUCCAUGUCAAUUGGAUGCAUACGCUGAAUAUAAUAUGGUUUGAAGAAGCCCCAUGGAUCUACAGCGGACUUCCGCAUCUGAAAAAUAACUACUGCCCGUCAUCUCAACGAAGAACUUCUAUCCCUCUUAUCGGCUAUGGCUUUCUUAAACGGAGCAACCGAGGCCAAGACAGCUGGCGGAGGCUUACCAGCGUUGGAUCCUUGUCUGCUGGCCACUGUUUUUACUGGUACAACAACGAUACGAUUAUGUUUAGAGGGAAUUUUAUCAACGUCGGUGGAAAUCUUACGCACGGUAAUGGUGUAUGCAACAGGGAAUGCGCCACAGUCAAUGAACGAUGGGAACAACCGUAUUGGUGGUCACCAGAUAUAUUUCAGGACCUUGAGACGAGUGUGUUCCACGUCUAG